CCGGCUCAGGAAGCCACGCUCAACCAGAGGCCUGGGACCCCUGACGACCCCCCGGACGCCAGGAGGCAUAGGGGUUACGCUGCAGGGUGCCUGGGGACGGUCUCGCUCCUCUGCCCUAACGGGAGUCGCGAUCGCCCUUAACCUAACAGGUCUCUCGGGCCGGUCUGCCCUCGGCACUGUUACCAUGGGCCUAAUAUGGCCGCUGGUGCUCGUACUCUCCUGUCACGCAGUUGAGCUGGGCUGAGGUCCGAGACCAGGGACUCCUCCCGGCAUUCCUCGCGGGUGUGGCGUGGACUCCUUCCCCCCCAUCUUCUGGUCCUACGAGAGGGAGACCCUUGGGUUUGAGAUAGCAUGGCCCAGGGCUUGAUUGAGGUGGAGCGAAAGUUCAUUCCAGGGCCUGGCAUAGAGGAACGACUGCAGGAGUUGGGGGGCAUCCUAGAGCACCGGAUCACCUUCCGAGACACCUACUAUGACACCCCUGAGCUGAGCCUGAUGCGGUCUAACCACUGGCUGCGACAACGAGAGGGUAGUGGAUGGGAGCUCAAAUGCCCUGGAGCAUCAGGUAUCUCAGGACCCCACACCGAGUACAAGGAAUUUACAUCUGAACCUGCAGUUGUGGCCCAGCUCUGUGAGGUGCUGGGAGCUAAGGGUCUGGGGGAUGGAAGUAUGGCUGCUGUGCUGGGUCCACUAGGGCUGCAGGAAGUAGCUAGUUUUGUGACUAAACGGAGUUCCUGGAAGCUGGUAUUCCCUGGAGUCAAUGAAGAGGAGCCAAUGCUUAAGGUGGACCUGGAUACAGCGGACUUUGGCUACGCUGUGGGUGAAGUAGAGGCCCUGGUACAGAAGGAAGCUGAAGUACCAACUGCUCUAAAGAAGAUCAAUAGCCUCAGCAGCAUGCUCGGUGUGCCGGCACAGGAGAGGGCACCUGGCAAGCUCAUCGUGUACCUACAGCAUUUCCGUCCUCAGGACUAUCGGCGCCUGCUAGAAGUAAACAGCUCCACAGAGGACUAAACAUCCCGACAGCAGCCUGGGCUAGGGGUGUCACUUCCUAGAAGAGAAAGGGAACUCUUGGUCCAGCAGGGGCCACACGUGGCCUCACUGUGCCUCUUCCCUCCCACCUCCUCUCCCUAUACCUCUGCCUGUUCUUUCGUCCUGUUCUCAACAACCGGUUCCUUGA